AUGGCAACUCCAAAGAAGACAAAGAUCACAUUUGAUGUCAUGAAGAUGUUAGACCCAUAUCAGCUGAAACCUGGUAGCACGGAGACAGAAAGAAUCAUGAAUGUCCUGGAUGAGACAGCUGCCAAGCUGGAGAUGAGCAGUUUGAUCCCACAUGUGGUGGACUCUCUGGAUAGGUUUGCUGAUGUACUGGGUCCUGAGAUCACAAAGAACCUGCUGGAGCUGCAAAAGCUUUCCAUGGAAAUGGAGUGCCUGCUUGCCAGCUCCGAGGAAGAGACCAGCACGAAAGCUGAGGAGCAAUGGGGCCGCCUCUGCUUUCUAGAGCAACGUCUGAAAUGUUCUGUUAGAAAUGUCCUGAGACUCUUCCUGGCCAACCCUUCACUUCCCCAGGCUCUGAAGCCCAAAGUUGGGGUAGGAGAGUCACCAGCUGAAGUGUUUGUCAAAGCCUUUGGGGUGUUCAGGAAUUUCAUGCUGGAGAGAUUGCUGACUAGUCCCAUGGAAGAGAAAGGAAAGAUGCAGUUUGUGGAAGACAUCUCUCUCCAGAUUAAGCAGCACGCUGAAGCAAUCGCAGCCCUGCAGGCAAAGCUGGCAGCAGCAAUCCAGACUCGAGAGGAUGAGAUUCACAAGAAGGACAAUGUGAUCAAAGACCUCAAAACCAGAAUUCAAGAUGUGGCCAAAGACUCCAAGAUCAGCUUCCAGAAGAUCAAGGAGGAAGGAGAAAACCAGCAGAAAGUGGAGCUGCAAGUCUCCCAGAGCAGGUGUGCUGGGCUGCAGCAGGACAUUGAGCAGCUACAAACACAACUCACUGCACUUGUGGUGGAGCACCGAGCAUCUGAGCUGGCUCUCAGGAAGAGGAAGUGCAGAUUGGAGGUGGAAAUUUGGAACUGGGUCCAGAAAUACGACACAGACAUGGCAGAAAAACAGGCUGAGUACGAGGAGGUUGGUGCUGCCUAUGCCGAGGAGAAGGCUCAGCUGUCCCUGCUGACAGAGAAACAUGCUCUGCUUCUCCAGGAGUAUUCCCAGAUCGAGGAGGAAUGCAAGAUGCUUCAGGAGAAGGAGGAGGAGGCUUUGAGGGAGCUGAACACCAAGAACCGUGCUGCUGCCCGCAUCCAGGCCCUCUGGAAAGGCUACCUGGUCCGGUGCCUUUACAAGCCAAAAAAGAAGAAGGGCAAGGGCAAGGGCAAGGGCAAGAAAUAA